AUGCUCAUCUUCUGCUCCAUUUCAGGCUGCUUCUCGCUGUCGGUGCGGCACGGGCAGCGCUGCUCCUGGGACUCGGUGUCUCACUAUCGCAUCCACCGCCUGGAGAACGGCUGGCUCUACAUCUCCCCCCUGCUCACCUUCCCCAACCUGCACGACCUGGUGGAUCACUACUCUGAGUUCAGAGAGGGGCUGUGCUGCCCCCUCAGGGAGCCCUGUGCCCCGGGAGGGGUGAAGGUGGCCCCAGUCCCUGCCAUGCCUGCUGUGGUGAAGAAGCCAUCGCUCAACUGGGAUGAGAUCGACAGUUCCCUGCUGUUCUCGGCCACCACGUCCCCACCAGAGGACUCUCCCAUCAGCCUGGGCCUGCGAGAAGCCAUCAGCUCCUACCUCCUCCUGACUGAGGCUGCCACCCCCAAGCAGGGCCCUGUGGGGAAGGGGGCAAAGAGCAGCUGA